AUGGCACCACCAAGCCAGACCACUUCGGCGGGUUCGCAUACGCCGCUGUAUUCACAUUCGCCAGCAGACUUUCACGAGACUUAUGACCCUUCGUUUUCUACGACAGACAAUUGGCAACAGACACGGCCUGGACUCAGCCUGAGCGCAUACGAUAGCAGCGCCUCGAAUGGGGCGACACCCGCGGUCGACUUCGGCAAUAACGCGUCAAACAGCGGCCAUGAUUUUCUUCGCCCGCCCGCGGUCAAAGAAACACCUUCUUAUCAUCAUGGUGUACAGUCGCACCCAAGCAAUACACCCAUGACUGCCAACAAUCAAUAUGGCAAUCUUCACAAUCCGAUUGCGCACCAGAGCCAGCAAGAUCACUACCAGGGCAGUCAUUAUCAGUCGUCAGUGCCACCAGCUGCACAUCAGCAUAUGCGGCAGCUCCGAUGGCAGACAGGUCUUGAAGAGCCGGCUUUACAUUCCAUGGACGAGUCACGUCGCAGAGAGCUAUGGAUGCAAAUGUACGCUGUAUUUGACCGGCAAGCAGUAGAGGCCGUGCCACGCUUCGCCCCCUCUUAUCUUCAACCGCAUCCGACACAGAUGAGCACAUACAACACGCAGCCGACAUGGUCCCACCUGCCAACGGGAUCAGCAAUGCCACCACCAGGACUACCAAUGCCACCGCAGCAGCACAAUGCAAUCAGUGGGCUCUCGAGCGGCCAAUCACUUCAAAUGCCCCAAAAUGUUGCAGCAAUACUUCAGCAACAAGUCGAUGCAUCCAACGCGUGGUCAUACAACCAGACAUUCCCAGUCAACGAAGAAAAUACGGCGAAUUCCUCUGCAACAGCGAGGACCCAUGCUCAGAAUUCGUCAAUAUCCUUUGAGUAUUGGCGUCCUUCACAAGCAUCUGCAUUAAGAGCAGAUACCGGUGGUGGCGGUGCAUCUCGAGCAAACGCGGCUGCCCUGCCGAGUAAGGACACCUUCCUGGCCAACCAUCUUCGUGUAGUGAAGAGACCGCCCGAAGAGGAAUGUCCAAUCUGUUUCCACCGGUUUCGCAAUGCAGUAAAGCUGCCUUGCGACCAUGUUUUCUGCAGGGAUUGCAUUAAAAGAUGGUUCAGGAGAAGCAAUACUUGCCCGUUCGAUCGACAGAAACUUUUCAGGUGGCCAGCACAAAGGGUCAGAACUGCUCAAGGCAAUGGUGGGCAAAUUUAA